AUGUCAGAGAUAACCUUCGAUCUGAACACAACCUUGGACGAUGAUCAAAACAACCCCGUCAAGGGAGGAGAUGGGGCAGGCCCAUGGUGGAAACACCCACCGGUUGUUGGGUUGAACGGCAUAGAUCAGAGCAGGGUUUGGGCCCUGGUUUCACCAAGAAACUAUAGAAGGCAGUCGGAAGAUUCAGCACAAACCCCUGAGUUCUUACGUGUUUGCUUUCUCUGCAAACGUCGUUUAGUACCUGGUCGUGACAUCUACAUGUACAAAGGUGACAGUGCUUUCUGCAGUUCAGAAUGCCGCGAAAAACAGAUGAAGCAGGAUGAGCGAAAGGAUAAUAAGUGUGGUGUGGCAUCAAAGAAACAAGUUGCGGCUACGCCUUCUGGGUCUCAUCAAGUUAGAAGUAGCAAAGGCGAAACCGUUGUUGCCUUGUAG